CCACUUUGCCGGGCGCCGUAUGCGUCAUGCGCAGGCGUCCCUGGGAGCUCCCUCUCCGCCCCGUAGUCUGGGACCGCGAACUACAGCUCCCGGACUGGAUCGCUCGGUGCUCGCGCCGAAGCUCUGCACGGUCGAGGUCAGUCCCUGGGGUCCAGGCAUCAGGGCUGCAGCCCGAGCCUCAAGGUGGGCCGGGACCGUGGACGGCCAGACAGACUGGUUUGCUGGCUGCCCACUUGGUUUGCUGUGUUCUGUGUUGGCAAUGGCUACUAGCUUUUCACUGGAAAUCUUGGUGGCUGAGCGAAUUUGUGACCCAGGAAGUAACAAGUAAAUGCCUGGGAUGCUGACUCGAGGCUUCUGUGUGCUCUGAGGUUCUUUCGGGUUUGUUCUCUGCACUUCAGGUCCCACUCCUAUCCCAGGACAGUUGUCCCGCAGGCUGAGUAGAUCCUGUCACCUGAAGGUGCUCUGUGCUGCAGGUCCAGCAGCCUGCCCACCAUGGACCCUGACCCCCAGGCGGGUGUUCAGGUGGGCAUGCGUGUCGUGCGUGGUGUGGACUGGAAGUGGGGCCAGCAGGAUGGAGGCGAGGGCGGCGUGGGCACUGUAGUAGAGCUGGGCCGGCACUGCAGCCCCUCGACGCCUGACCGAACCGUCGUGGUGCAGUGGGACCAGGGCACCCGCACCAACUACAGAGCUGGCUACCAGGGUGCCCAUGACCUGCUGCUCUAUGACAAUGCUCAGAUCGGUGUCCGCCACCCCAACAUCAUCUGUGACUGCUGCAAGAAGCAUGGGCUGCGGGGCAUGCGCUGGAAGUGCCGCGUCUGCUUCGACUAUGACCUCUGCACACAGUGCUACAUGCACAACAAGCACGACCUCACCCAUGCCUUCGAGCGCUAUGAGACAUCCCACUCGCGCCCUGUCACACUGAGUCCCCGCCAGGGCCUCCUGCGGAUCCCACUCAGGGGCAUCUUCCAGGGAGCAAAGGUGGUGCGAGGCCCCGACUGGGAGUGGGGGUCCCAGGAUGGAGGGGAAGGGAAGCUGGGCCGUGUGGUAGACAUCCGUGGCUGGGACGUGGAGACCGGCCGAAGUGUGGCCAGUGUGACCUGGGCUGAUGGAACCACCAACGUGUACCGCGUGGGCCACAAGGGCAAGGUGGACCUCAAAUGUGUGGGCGAGGUAGCCGGUGGCUUCUACUACAAGGAGCACCUCCCACGGCUCGGCAAGCCGGCAGAGCUGCAGCGCAGGGUGAGUGCCGACGGCCAGCCCUUCCAGCGUGGGGACAAGGUGAAGUGUCUGCUGGACACAGAGGUCCUGAGGGACAUGCAGGAAGGCCACGGCGGCUGGAACCCCAGGAUGGCGGAGUUUAUCGGACAGACGGGCACCGUGCACCGCAUCACAGACCGUGGGGACGUGCGUGUGCAGUUCAACCACGAGAUCCGCUGGACCUUCCACCCCGGGGCGCUCACCAAGGUGCCUGGGGGGCUGGGCCGAGCCUCCUCUGGGUACCUGCUUGGCUGUCACAACUCCUUCUGGGUGGGCGACGUGGUCCGGGUCAUCGAUGACCUCGACACUGUGAAGCGGCUGCAGGCUGGGCACGGCGAGUGGACAGAUGACAUGGCUCCCGCCCUGGGCCGUGUUGGCAAAGUGGUGAAGGUGUUUGGCGAUGGCACCCUGCGAGUGGCAGUUGGUGGGCAGCAGUGGACCUUCAGCCCCUCCUGCCUGGUGGCCUACCGGCCUGAGGAGGACACCAACCUGGAUGUGGCCGAGCGUGCGCGGGAGAACAAGAGCUCACUGAGCUUGGCCCUGGACAAGCUGCGCACCCAGAAGAGUGACCCCGAGCACCCCGGGAGGCUGGUGGUGGAGGCGGCUCUGGGUAAUGUGGCACGGGCACUGGACCUGCUACGGAGGCACCCAGAGCAGGUGGACACCAGGAACCAGGGCAGGACUGCCUUGCAGGUGGCCACCUACCUGGGACAGAUGGAGCUGGUGCAUCUUCUGCUGCAGGCACGAGCAGGCAUGGACCUGCCAGACGAGGAGGGCAACACCGCACUGCAUUAUGCAGCAUUGGGGAACCAGCCUGAGGCUGCCCGGGUGCUCCUGAGUGCAGGCUGUGGGGCCAACGCACUCAACAGCACCCGGAGCACAGCCCUGCACGUGGCAGUGCAGAGGGGCUUCCUGGAGGUGGUGCGGGUCCUGUGUGAGUGCGGCUGUGACGUCAACCUGCCUGAUGCCCACACAGACACGCCCCUGCACUCAGCCAUCUCGGCGGGCACAGGUGCCAGUGGCAUUGUCAAGGUCCUCACUGAGGUGCCAGGCAUUAACAUUACUGCCACCAACAGCCAGGGAUUCACACUGCUGCACCAUGCGUCCCUCAAAGGCCAUGCUCUAGCCGUCAGGAAGAUUCUAGCACGGGCUCGGCAGCUGGUGGAUGUCAAGAAAGAGGAUGGCUUCACAGCCCUACAUCUGGCUGCCCUCAACAACCACCGUGAGGUGGCCCAGAUCCUGAUCCAGGAGGGCCGCUGUGACGUGAACGUGCGAAACCGCAAGCUGCAGUCCGCAUUGCACCUAGCAGUGCAGCAAGGCCACGUGGGGCUGGUGCCUCUGCUGGUGGAUGCUGGCUGCAGCGUGAACACGGAGGACGAGGAGGGGGACACAGCCCUUCAUGUGGCACUGCAGCGCCAUCAGCUGCUGCCCCUGGUGGCUGACAGGGCUGGGGGGGACGCAGGGCCCUUGCAGCUGCUGUCCAGGCUGCAGGCCCUGGGCCUCCCAGGCAGCACGGAGCUGACCGUGGGCACCGCAGUUGCCUGCUUUCUGGCGCUGGAGGGCGCUGACGUGGGCUAUGCCAACCACCGGGGACGGAGUCCUCUGGACCUGGCCACCGAGGCCCGCGUGCUCAAGGCCCUGCAGGGCUGUGCCCAGCGCUUCCGGGAGCGGCAGGCAGGCAGCGGAGGAGGCCGGGCCACGGGCCCCAGGCUCACGCGCAGCACCCCAAACACCGUGACGAAUCUGCACGUGGCCGCCGUGGGGCCCGAGGCCGCCGAGUGCCUGGUAUGCUCCGAGCUGGUGCCGCUGGUUCUGUUCUCACCAUGCCAGCACCGCACCGUGUGUGAGGAGUGUGCGCGCAGGAUGAAGAAGUGUAUCCGCUGCCAGGUGGCCAUCGUCAAGAAGCUUCGCCCAGCAGACGGCUCCGAGGUGGCGGGCACCGCCUCAGCGCCCGGGCCACCGCGGCAGCUGGUGGAGGAGCUGCAGAGCCGCUACCGGCAGAUGGAGGAGCGCAUCACCUGCCCCAUCUGCAUCGACAGCCACAUCCGCCUGGUGUUUCAGUGCGGCCACGGCGCUUGCGCGCCCUGCGGCGCUGCGCUCAGCGCCUGCCCCAUCUGCCGCCAGCCCAUCCGCGACCGCAUCCAGAUCUUCGUGUGAGCCGCUUGCCGCCCGCGUUUUAUAAAGAGAUUCUCGGA